ACAAAUGAAGUUUCUUUCAAUAAAGUUUUCAUGUAAUGUGUUGUUACAUGGUUGCAGUAAAUAAUUAAACGUUAUGUUGUGAUUAAAUUAAAUAUAUAAUUUGAAAAUGGCCAAAAAAGUCGACGUCAAUUUUCAAUCGAAGAUAAGUAGAAACGAUCGUUUCGCGCAAAUGUCUCAACAGGAAAAAUUAAUCGAACAAAAGAAAAGGGAAAUACUAGCGAAGCUCGACGCCAAAGAAAAAAGUAAUAAAGUUGAUAAACCAAACACCGAAAAUACCAACAAACAAAUCAACAAAAGUAAUUCCGAAUCAAACUGUGGCAAUAAAGAAGUUAAAAAUAUAUAUUCUAAUGACGGAUCGUUCCUUAAUCAAUUCAAACAGUUAAAGGAAACCAAAAAACUAGAUUCGAAAUUUAAGGGAUUUAAUAGAUCCAAAGGAAGACAUGAUAAACUCUCAAGUGAUGAUAGACACAAGUUGGAUAGAAGGCCAACUCGACAGCGUUCCCUUUCGCCUAAAGACCGUCAACAACCAAAAAGAUCGACUCGUUUCGACAAAACAACAAAUUUUGAACCCAAAAUAACGAUAAACACUUCGUUCAGUUCAUCUUUGAUACAAACUCAAUCGCAACCGCCUCCCGAACCACCCCAAAUACAAUCCGUUAAUAUAAACACCCAAAACGUAACGGGUCCACCUUUAUUAAAGAACGUACUGCCACAACAAACAGUAACAUUUCAAAAUAUAUCAGAUCCACCCAUUCCGGAAACCGUUAUAACAGCAUCUCCGGUACUUUUAAACGUACCGCCUCCUCAAUUGGUUCUCAGUCAGGUUUCCAAUCCCAUUAUAACCACGGUUAAUUUACCUAGUAAUAUAGCACCUGUACCACCUCCUUGUUUAUCUACAGUCGAAUUAUCUAGUAUACCGCCGCCGAAUCCCAUACAAAUCCACAACAUCCCCCAACCGGAACCUCUAAAUACCCUAAAUAUACCCCAACCGGCUCCUUUACAAGUCCACAACAUCCCGACCCCGACUACUAUUCAAUUAAGCAAAAUACCAACCCCCAAACCGUUGGAUUUGUUAUCUAUACCGACUCCAUGCGAAGACGGUUUAUCCAAUACGGAUUUCAUUAGGAAUAUACCGCCUCCUAAUAAAACUAUACCGCCUCCGUCGUUGAUACAAGAAAAUCGAAUUCUGUUACCCCAAUCUCAAACCAUUACGGUACCAUCCACCCAGAACGUUCUGAUUCACGGUAUACCUUCCACUGAUACGGUACCGACAGGUUUUUCGUCGGUGACGGUCGCUUUACCGGUGGUCGUGGGGCAGGUUACUAAUAAUAUACCGUCUCUAAUGGCUCAACCAAUUCUACCGCCUCCGGGGAUAGUUAAUGUUAACGUCAGUUGCCCGCCGCCUUUGUCUCUACAGAAUUUCGUCAAUCGACCGCCACCUGUUGGGUUUCCUCCACCGGCACAGGCGCCAGAGUCGAAUGAUGUGAAUACAGUUUUCCCCUCAGGUACGCCGGAAUACGAGGCGAUGGCGUCUCUGGGGCGCAUGGUGGCCGAAUGCGGAGACACGUUCGAGGACGUCGUCAGACAACGAAAAGAACAAGAUCCCAGAUUGUGGUUCUUGUUUGAUAAGGAUUCGGAGGCUUACAAGCAGUACAGGGAGUUCGUAGAUCGGGUUAAAAGGACGACGAAGGAAUCGGAAACAGUCAAACCGGAAGAUAAAUACGAACCGGAAAUGGUAUUGGAAGAUAUCGAGAAUGGUAAAGAGGAGCAGAAUAAAAAUUCUGGGGAUCAGAGCGACGAAAAUUCCGAAAGGAAACGAAAGCGAAAAAGCAGAUGGGGCAAUAAAGAUCCUAACGUACCCCCGCCCGCAGUCACGUACACACCCCCGAUCGCCACCCUACCCAUGAUGCCGAUACAACCCCCCCAAGUAUCGAAUCCGGUGGUACUAUCGAAAAUAACCCGCAACGAUCCCGGACUGAUCCAAUACGCCAUCAACACCUACGGCACCUCCAACCUAUCCGAGGAAGAUUGGAAGAAAGCGGAAGACAAUUACAAGGUGAACCUGUUGUAUCUGGAUAUGGUGAAGAAGAAAGAAGAGGCGGAACGAUUGAAAUUGGCCGGUAAAAAUAAAUACGAGUACGAUUCGGACGAGGACACCGAGGGCGGUACUUGGGAACACAAAGCCAGAGAAAAGGAAAUGAUGAAUACCCAAUUGUGGGCUAACGAAUUGACCAAACAGGCCGAAGGUAAACACCACAUCGGGGAUUUUUUACCGGCGGAGGAAUUGAAGAAAUUCAUGGAGAAAUCGGCGAAGGAAACGCACGUUUCCGAUUACAAGGAAUUCCAAAUUAGGGAGGAUAAUAUCGGGUUUAAGAUGUUGCAGAAAUUGGGGUGGUCGGAAGGGGAAGGUUUGGGAUCCAGCGGAAUGGGUAUCGUCGAGCCGAUUAAUAAGGGGCCGCCUAGGGAGCAUACCCAAGGUUUGGGUUUGAACGAAUCCGAAGAAGAUGAGGACGAAUAUCAAUCGUACAGGAAAAGGAUGAUGUUGGCUUAUAGGUUCAGACCGAAUCCUUUGAAUAAUCCACGUCGACCUUAUUAUUGAUUUAAAUUUUUUAGCAUGUUCUUUAUAUUUAUAUAUAAUGUGUAUAAAAUUGCUAGUCCGUUUAAAUUGUUUUGUAAAUAAUAAUUAUGGAAUUGUAUAUUAUAAUUGAAAAAAAAAUAGCUUCAUUAUAUAUUAUUUAUUCGA